AUGGUCAACUGGACAGCUGAAGAGAAGCAGCUCAUCACUGGCCUCUGGGCCAAGGUGGAUGCUGCAGAAUGUGGUGCUGAGGCUCUGGCCAGGCUGCUGAUUGUCUACCCCUGGACCCAGAGGUUCUUUGCCUCCUUUGGGAACCUGUCCAGCCCCACUGCCAUCCUUGGCAACCCCAUGGUCCGUGCUCACGGCAAGAAGGUGCUCACCUCCUUCGGGGAAGCUGUCAAGAACCUGGACAGCAUCAAGAAGUGUUUUGCUCAGCUGAGCAAGCUCCACUGUGACAAACUGCACGUGGACCCCGAGAAUUUCAGGCUCCUAGGAGACAUCCUGAUCAUCGUGCUGGCUGCCCACUUCGGCAAGGACUUCACCCCAGCCUGCCAGGCUGCCUGGCAGAAGAUGGUGAGAGUGGUGGCUCAUGCCCUGGCACACGAGUACCACUGA